UCAUCUGGCGCGGCGAAUUUCAUCAUCUUUCGCGAGACCUCGGGUGGAAGGGAUAAAGUGGUUCAAAACCAAUUCCCCUCCAAAAAGAUCCUGUUCGAGGAUUUCUAUCACCGGUGACUUGCUUGUUGGAACGUGCAAAUUAUCAGAAUGAGCGGUAAAAUGCCAACGUACGACGAGACUCACUCGGAUAAGCUCGCCCGCAAAGCCCGAGAGUCUCCCUUCAUGCCCAUCGGAAUUGCAGGCUUGGUGGCGGUAUGUGGCAUUGGGGCGUACAAGUACAAGAACCGGGGAGCCAUGUCGACGUCCGUCUUCCUGAUGCAGCUGCGAGUGGCCGCGCAAGGCACGGUGGUCGCCGCCCUGUCCAUCGGACUCGGCUACACAAUGGCAAACGAGUAUAUUUUUAACAAAAAAGAGUAGAAAGCUAAGAGGCUCUUUGGAUACUCAAAGAAGUGUAAAUAAGUAUUAACAAAUAGAGAAAAUCACUAUUUAUUCUCCUAUGAGUCCUUGGGGCAGUCCGACUCCCUUUCAUCAUCCUCCGAAAAAAAAAAUAAGAACUCGACGAAAAAGGUGUUGUUACUAGUGCUACACAAGAUGGAAACUGUGAUUGACGAGAUGUUAUCAAGCAGAGAAGAAGGAAAGAAGGAACUUGAUAGUGCAACAAAGGCAACAAUCAAUCAUUCCUCGUCCUUGGAAGCACAGGAUCGAUAUAUCUCACUUAGUUUAUUGGCGGAUUCAUCAGCUUUGCACAAAUCGUUCAAACAUUGAUGCGUCUUAAUCUCCCAACGAUUCGGAACGACUUGGAAUAAAUUUGCCGGAACUGUUUGUUAAAACCAAAAAAGUUAUAGGUAUACUAAACACAAUUUAAAGAAAAGAAAAAUAUAAUUGUACCAAGUGCGAAGCUUCAGUGUGUGCUUCUUCAUUUUCUAUUCCGAUAACGAACAGCAUGUGAUCGUGAAUUUUCCGAAUGACGUGUGAAAACUGUGGGGGGACAAAAUUGCAGACGUAGGCAGGAGGUAACGCUAUGAAAGUGAAGUGGUGUGGUUAUUUUUGGUACACGCUGGUCCACGCGAGUCUAUGAAUGAAAAGCGGUUCUAUUCCCGAUAAACACGGGUAUUCCUAUCUCCUGUCUGGGAGGGGAUAUUGCUCUUGAUGAACAUAUGUUACUACGUGACCUUCGGUGACACGGUAAUGAUUGUGACCCACUUCAGUUUAAUGAAUGUGUUAUUGUCGGCAGUGGGAAUCCGGGAGAUGUUUUUUUCUGCUAAGUCUCAAGUGAGUUUAUCAGUUUAAUGGUGUUUCAUUUUUAAUUCUGCAUAACGAUGAGCAAAGGGUUUCAAACAGUAAGUACCGGAUGAAAGAUAACGAUAAUGUUGAACUUGAAUCAUUUCAAUUGAGCAAUA